GUACCUAUUAUAUUGGUGAUUGUAAGCAUUGGAUCCUGUAUUGCAUGUGGUAGAGCCGAGUACAGAAUAGGGGAUGAAUGUUGUCCCAUGUGUUCACCAGGUAAGGAACCUCUCUUUACAUCAUCAUCAUAGGUUCAUAAAUGAUCAACACCAAUAGAAAUUCCAUACAUUGUGAUUCUCUCUUCCCCAGGAAAUCGUGUACAUGAGCAUUGUACUGAAUUCACCAGCACCUUCUGUGUGUCCUGUAUUGAUUCUACAUUCCUUGAUGGGCCCAAUGGUCUCAUGAAAUGUGCACCAUGUUCCAGCUGUGAUUCAGGUGAGAGUUGUCCUGUAUUUAUACAAUAGCCAGACUUUAAUACUGAGGUAAUGUGCUACAGGCUAUAUCAGAUGUGAUUUAUGAUUGACAUUUGAAUGGCUUAAUAUGUUUGCUUAAGAUAAUGAAUGCAAUGUGUUCUUCAUAGGUUUGGGUUUGAGGGUAAAACAGCCAUGCAAACCAGAAUCAGAUGAUUUUUGCGGGCCACUGGAGGGGUUCUUUUGUCUGCUCUCUAACAAAGAUGGUUGUAGAAUAGCCCAGAAACACAGCAGCUGUAAACCUGGUCAAUACAUCCGUCACACA